CAACCCAAGCCCCCUGCACGCCUCAAGAACCCAUCAGCAAGAACGAAGACCCACGUCGGGAAAGCGGAGGGAGAGCGCUCGGGCGAGCUUGCAUCCCAGGUCUGACCGCCAGCGGUGGUCUUCGCCGGCACCUCCAACGCCAUCAGGGUUUGCAGAGAGAUAGGGAAGUUUUCGGCUUCUUGCGAAGGUGGGUCUUGAUCUUUUUUAUAGGAGAGAUAGGUGAAGUCCUCGGCUUUUUUGAGAAGGGUAGGGAAUUGGGCGUCCUGUCGAGAUGGACAGCAUUGUAGAUUCCUUGAGCAGUGCGUACCAGGAGUUCCUUGCGGCUGCGGCGAGUGUUCUCGAGGCCAGGGAAGUGUCUGGGGCCCAGAAAAUAGCUGCCACCGACGCUGCCCUGGAGAACUUCAAGCAGCACUGGGAAUUGUUCCGGGUGGCGUGCGAUCAGGCAGAGGAGUUUGUGGAGUCGGUUAAGCAGAGGAUCGGAUCGGAGUGCCUGGUGGAUGAGGCCACCGGCUCCACAGCAGGGAAGCCCGGGCAGGCUGCCACACCUGCCCUGCCCCCAAUAAGCGCGGUUCGGUUGGAGCAGAUGAGUAAAGCGGUCCGGUGGCUUGUCAUUGAGCUCCAAAAUGGUACUGGCACCGCCGGCGGAGUGGCACAUACUCAUUCCGCGGCACCUUUCGAUGCUCGAUUCUCUGAAGAUGCAGCUCAGUAGGUAACUCCUUGUUCGAUACUUUUCCGGAUAGAGUUGAGCAGGUUGGUUCUUAUAUUAUUUAGGAUCAACAGAUUGUAAACCAAUGUUGUAGUUUGAGGUCAAGGGCCCGUGUGAUUCCAUGUCUGUAUAUUUUUGCUCCCUGGUCUUCGACAAAGAUGAAUUUAUGUUCUUCAUACUUUUGUGCCGCGUGGAGCUUUUUUAUUUCUGUUUUUUGUAAUUUUUUAGUACACUAAGCUUCUCCACCUCAAGAGACAGUUCUCUCGUUCAGCAAUUUGGUACCUUUGAAAUGGAUGUAUGUUUUUCCUUACUUUUCUUAUUGUAAGAAGCACGUCUGUAAACUAUCUGUCCCAAACACUAAUUUUUUUUUUUAGAUGUGACUGAGUUUUCAAUUGCCAA